AUGACCCAAUUGGCCAUCAACGUGAUGUCGCCAAGCAUCCAGGAUGAUCUUGAUAUCGAUUCUACAAAUAUUCAGUUGAUCUCCACCAGUUUUUCGCUUCCAUAUGGUGGGACACUCUUAUUGGCCGGUAGACUAAGUGACAUCUAUGGUCAUAAAUUCUGUCUCCUGAUAGGAUUGACCGUCUUUGCAGGGUUUUCCCUGGCGAGUGCUAAAGCAGAUUCAGCAUUGGAACUGGCUGUGUUUCGCGCGAUACAAGGUCUCGGGGCUUCUGCCAUCUCUCCUGCUCUCCUUGGAAUCCUUUCCCGCACUUUUGCUAAGGGUUCAAAGAUGAGGACAGAGGGUAUCGCUAGUUUUUCUGCUGGUUCACCUCUUGGCGCUUCGAUUGGACUCUUGGUGGGGGACUGGAUGACACAAACCACUCGGCCUGGAUGGAGAUCGUUCUUUUAUUUUUGCCUAGCCCUCUCAGCCUUGGCGGUUGUCCUCUCAUAUUUCAUACUGCCAUCAGACCCACCUCGAGACCCCAAAAAGAGCAUCAAAGAUGUCGACUGGUUUGGUGCCGCACUGUUGAUGAGUGGCCUGGUAGUGCUUGUCGUUUCCAUGUUGUUUUUUCCUCGCUAUGGUUGGAAAUCUCCACAAAUGUUGGUACCCCUGAUUUCCGGACUACUCUUGCUUUCGGCUUUCCUUGGCUGGGAGAUGUUGAUUGUUGGUUUGGCGUUGAACCUAAUCACUGGUCACCUGACCAAUAUCUUGCCUGCUCAAGCUAUAAUCAUCGGAGGAUGCGUAGCCAGCCUGACUUCUUGUGCUUUGUCAGCUUACAUGAGCCCAAAUGAAAGUUAUUGGAAAUACAAUUUCGCAGCCAUAGUUCUCUCGGUGAUAGGUGCCGACUUUGUUUUUUCUGUAGUUGCAAUGUUUGGAUCAAGGAUCUCAAGGAGUAAUGAACAGGGAAUUGCAGGCGCCGUACUUCUCAGCUUCACUCGUGUAUUCAGUGUAAUUGGGUUGGGGAUUGCAACAAUUGCUCAGUCUAGUGCCCCUCCUGCAGCCUAUUGGCAUGGAUUACAGGCUGCAUUUACAGUGUUCUUUGCUAGCGCAAUGCUUGCAACUAUAAUAGCAUUGACUUCCCUGUGGGGUAUGGGUUAUGUAGGAGCACACAGAGCAGAACCAAUUACUAAGCCAUUUCAAGAACUCAAGUCUGGAGAGGAGGCAACACCCAUAGUCUGA